AUGGGUAAGAGGAUGGCGUUGUUUGUGGUGUGGAUUGCGGUGGUAGUUUCAGUGGGGUGGUGUUGGGGUGAAGAUUCGGCGGAAAGAGCGAAUUUGGCUGCCGGGAAUAUGAAGGUUCGAGUGGAAAAGACCAAGCAAGGGGCUUCCGAGACGGUACAGGAUGUUAAAGAGAAGGCUGAUUCCUGGGCUGAUUGGGCUAUGAACAAAUUGUCAGAGGGAUUUGGAUCCAGUGAAGAUAGCGCAAAAAAUGCAGCUCAAACGAUCAAAGAAAAUGUCAAGUAUGCUGCCUCAAAAACCACAGAUACACUGAAUUCAGCAGCAUAUGAACCAUCAAAGUAUGCUUCGGAGAAGGCCAACAAUGUGGUAGAAACAACAUCCGAGCAAAUAGGUAAUGCCAAGAACUAUGCUUCAGAAAAGGCUGGUCAAGCCAUGAAUAGAGCAUCUGACAUGGCUCAUGAUGCGAAAGAAAUUGGGAAGGACAGAGCAAACAAUGCCUAUAAAAUGGCUUCGGAUUGGGCUAGUGAGGCAAAAGAUAAAACUCAUGAUGCCUACAUCUUCGCUUCUAACAAUGUGGGUCCCGCAAGGGGUCGGGCUUAUGGUAUGGCUAAUGAUGCGAAAGACUCUCUGAAAGAUUACGCACAGAAUGCCUAUGAAUUUACCUCCAAUAAGAUGCAAAAUACCAUGGAUACAUCUUCGGAUAUGGGAAAGGAUGGAAAAAAGGAAGCAAAAGACAGAGCUCAAAAUGUUUAUGCCUUCGCUUCUGAUAAAGCAGGCCAAGCAAUGAACAUGGCUUCCGAUAUAGUCGGUGAUGCAAAGGAGAAGGCUAAAGAUAAUGCCUACAGUGCUUAUACUGUUGCCUCUGAUAAAACAAAUCAAGCCAUGUACGGGGCAUAUGGUAAGGCCCAGGAAGCUGGAGAGUCUAUGAAAGAUAAAGUGUCGGAUGCUUAUGGAUUUAGUCAAACCAUAAGAAUGGUUUCUGAUAAGGCUGAUGAUGUCCAAGAGAUUACAGAAAAUGCAAUGUCACAUGGAAAAGAUAAAGCUUUUGAGACCUAUGAGGAUGCCAAGUCAAAGCUUCGGGAAACUUGUGUUGAUUCCAUGACUGAUCAAGCCAAAGAGAAAUAUGAAGCUGCUAAGGAGACAUUUUCAAAAACUGCAAGCGAUAUAGAAGAAAAUACGAGAACCGACAGCAGAUUUAUGAAUAAUUACUAG